AUGUUUUGCACAAGAGACAAGGUAGACAUUGAUCAACCAUCACCAGAUCUCAUCCCUUUCGUGGUCACGUUAUCGUGUGACAUAAGAGUCCACCUUGGGGUUAUUAACCGAGAUAUGUUCCAAUCAGUGGACCCUCCAUUUCGUGUAACACAUAUGUCAUUGAAUGAGGGGGAAUCUCAUGAAGGACCCAAGGCCAAGGAGAGGUCGGUGAAGUAG